UUGCGAAAUGGCUGCGGCGGUGCCGGCGGUUGCCGAUGCGACGGCGGCCCGCGGCGCCUGGACCGGGCGCGCGGCGUGGCGGCGCUGGCAGCGCCACCGCGCCCAGCUCUCCGCACGGGUGAAGCUGAAGCACACGUCGGAAGAGCUGGCGGCGGCGCGGCGGCUGCUCAGUGCUGGCGCCGGUGCGGAACCCUGCUCGGGAGCUGGCCAUCCUCUGCGAGCACCGCCUGCAUGGGCUCGCCUGCCGCGACGCAGGGUCGGAUGCCCCCAUGCUGCGGGCCGCCGCACGCGCCGCUGGCUGGAGCCGUGCGGGGUGGCGUGACACUGCCGACCGCUGGGGCCCUGCGCGGCACCUGAGGUUGCAGAGCCUCGCAGACAGGGACUUCGGGCGCGCCAGCACGGCGGAGCUCCGGAGGAUGCGGCGCGCCCACCCUGGCGGUGACCAGCGACUUGGCCGCCCUGGCGCAGGAGCGGGAGCGCAGGACGGCGCCGAGCUGCAGGCGCCGCUGUCUCUUGGCAUGCCGGGGGACUUCGCGGGCUGCGACGCGGCCGUGGUCCUGUUUCUGCAAGCCGCUUGGCGGAGGUGCGUUCAGAGGCGGCAGCGCCAUGCACAUCCUCACGCUGCGCCUGCGGAUCGUGGUGCUGAUGGCCUUGCCGCAGCAGCAGCAGCGGCGGCAACAGCAGCAGUCGACCACCGCCCUCCUGGGAACACUACUGCUGGCGCCGCUAUCGUGCUCGGGGACGUGCCCAGGGCCGAGCUCGGAGACAGUACGACGGAAGCGAAUUCCCUGAGAGACGAGGGAUGCGCGGGGCGAGGAGGGAGGGAGGAGGACGACGGGCAGGAGGCCACACCAGAGGCGCAGAGGGAGGGCGAGUUUCUCACGCGCGACCUCGUUGAUGACGCGCACCUCGUCGCUGCCCGUCGGCCGCUGGCCCUGGACGCUCCGGGUGCACCGCGGACGACAGGAAUCGCUCCAGGCAGGGCGGCCCGCUGCUUGCGCCGCAGGCCGCGCCCUGCUUCAGGUACGGCGACGGCUGCCCCUGGCUUGCCCUCGGCCGCUGUCGCUUCACGCAUCAUCUCCCGGCCACCCAGCCAACGUCUGCAGGACCGUCGCUGCUGGAGGCGCGGGCGCUGCCGCAGGGCUCUCGCGGCUGGGGGCUGCUCCAGCUCUUUGCUGACUGGGCCUGCCGGUGCCAGUGCGAGACGGUCAUCGUAAAUGACCCGUACCUGGCAUCGGUGCGCCACAGCCCAGCCCGGACGUCCACCCGGCGUGGUCCUGUAGGGACGACGAGGGCUUCGAGGCCAUGGUGGCAAGCGGGGGCCUGGGCAGCGUCACCACCGUGGCCCUGCUUGAGGAGCUUACUGCCGUCCUCGACGCGGCGGUUCCACGCCUCCGGAGCGUUUUCCCGAGGAGCCGGGGCGAGCUCCGCACUGGUCUUUCUGCUGGUACUCUUCUCGGCGAGCGUGCGAAUGCGACCCCCGCGUGCACACUUGGCGCGCGGUGCUGCAGGGUAAUAUUGCGAUCGAGAUCUCACUGGAGUUGGGCCUCGGCGUCUACAUCGACGCACCUGGCAACGCGGCGCUCGCGCCCGACGCCCGCCAGGUGAAGCGCGCGGAGAUGCUCGUCUUCCGCCACGACGGCCAGUGGAGUUACGACGACUACGAUGACGGCGCCGCCUGAGGCAGCGCCGGCGGGUCUAGCCGCCGAGGCGGUCGGCGCGCGGCGCUCGCCAGGGGAGCUGCCGCCGCUCCUCCGGAGCGUGCGGCGGCCGGGUCCUUUGCGCGCGUUGCGGGGAGCGCGGAGACGCUCGAUGGGGCCGUGGCUGAG